AGGUGGCCAGGAAACCGACGGCCGUCGUGUGGAAUGGCUGGAUAAUUAAUCUGUUCUGCGUGUUCCUGGCGAGAAAUGAAGUCAUAACAUGGGGAAACGCGCGAGUAAAUUAAGUUCCUCAGAAAUCAAGGAUCUCAUAAGCUGCACAUACUUUAACAAGAAAGAACUACAGCAUUGGUACAAGGAUUUUCUACGAGAAUGUCCAAACGGAGCCCUGAAACAAGAGGAGUUUGAGGCGAUCUACCAGCAGUUCUUUCCUCAUGGAAGUCCGAAAAAGUUUGCUUCCUAUGUGUUCAAUAUAUUUGACACAAACAAGGAUGGUCAUAUAUCAUUUAAGGAGUUCAUCUGUGCAUUGUCCAUAACGUCCAGGGGAACACUGGAUGAAAAACUUGACUGGGCUUUCAGUCUGUAUGAUGUUGACAGUGACGGUUUCAUCACUCGGACAGAGAUGAUCGAGAUCAUUGACGCUAUUUAUAACAUGGUGGGGAACUUGAUGGACCUACCAAAUGAUGAAAACACGCCGGAAAAACGGGCCAACAAGAUUUUCCAGCAAAUGGACAUGAACAAUGACGACAUGCUGUCGAAGGAUGAGUUUCGGGAGGGCUCAAAAAGUGAUCCCUGGAUUGUGCGGGCAUUAACCAUCGACACGGGGCCUCAGAUGACCAGUUGACCCUCAGCUUGACCACUGGCCUACAUGGCAGCCUUGCUCCCUCGUGUCACCAUGGCAACCAAGUUCUUCACUGGAAUUCUUGUUUGGAAAGAAAAUUUGAUACAGAAUCAGUGACUGUGUUUUGCUUUCAUUUAUAAAGUGGAGUUCUGUGGAGUGUUAUGUUCAUCAUGAGCUUAAACCCAUUUGUCACACUUCAUUGUGCAGCCUUUUGAUCUUAUUUCAAUUCAAUUCAAUAGUUUAUUAGCACAAACAUUCAAGUUCAUUGCCUUUACUUCUGGCGGUAACAUUUAUUUACAUACAUGAGAAGAGCAUGAUAUUAUAAUACACAGAUUAAUAACACUAUUAGGAUAUUGAUAAUUCACGUAAAAAAGUAAUCAUUAACGUGAAAUUGCUUGAACAUUGGCGUACCUUAAUCCUUUACAGAACAAUAUCUAUAAAUUGACCACCCUCGCUAAUGCGGUCAGGCAUGUUUUGACAGUAACGGGUAUGUUAGUGAUGAAAAGUGAUCGUUGUAAGAGCAUAAUUAUUAUUUGUUUUAGUUCACUGAUCAGACUUAAGAAGAAAAAAGAAUAAAAACAACAACAACAAAAAACCAAAAAAAACCAUUGUUUCAAAGCAAGCAAUAAUAGCAAUAUAAGAAGAAAAAAAAGAAAUAAUAUAAAAUAAACAUUUAUUGGUUUAUGAUACUUUCUCGUCUUAAAGUUGAAAGAUAUACAUAUUUAGCAAGUUUAAUUUGUGUACUAUUCUGCUUAGCUGACAUUAACAAUUUAAAUUUUUGCAUUGUGGGCCAAUGACAAAAAUAUCUAGGUAAGCAUUCAAUCCGUAUGUCUCUGUAAAAAGGACAUACAAGCACAAAGUGAAACUCAUCUUCAACAACAUUCAUUUGACAAAAUAUACAUUUACGUUCAGAUUGUUCUAUAUUUCUAAAACGGCCUUCUUCGAUUGCAAGUUUGUGAGCUGAGCAUCUUAAUCCUGUUAGCGAAAUACGAUGCUUGUCGUUUUUAAUACAAAUAAGAUAAUUCUCGUAACCAAACCUACACUUUAUACUACAAUAAGUUUUUAAUUUGGAUGACGUGUCUUAUAGAGAAAACCAGUGUUGGCAAUACUGAUUAUGUAAUCUUUGUAUGACACUGUUUAAUUGAAGAACGGA